AUGACAGUAACUAUUCAAUUGCUAUUAGAUAUCUACUCGGGAUCCUCAUCAUGGGAGGAAAAUGCUGCUGCUACUCGUGACUUCAAUCACCAACUCUUGAAGAGAGGGAAAUUCACGCUCGAUGCCAUCAAGAAAAGAGGUUUGCUCUGGGCUGUCCUGUCUGGCCUCGGCCAUGAGAAAGAGCCUGGAGCCUCCCACUUUAUUUUCGAAUGCACAGCAUUACUGGGAACCAUAGCAGAUACUCCCAAAGGUGCUAAAGCCAUUUUUCAAAUGCCAAACGGCCUCGCAGUGCAAAAAAUUGCCAGUUUGCUUUCCCACAAGGAAGCAUGCGUGCAAGAGGGUGCUAUAUGGUGCAUUGCGAAACUGACUUCUCACGGCAAUAGGGAUAUUCAUGAUUCAGUCUUGCAACCAAGCCUAGGAGUCAUCAAAACACUCAAACACUUGUUUUUCCAAAGCGGCAACGAUAGCAUGAAAUUGAAGAUAUUUUCCGCGUAUGCCUUGUCCAACCUCAAUAAUGGCAUCGUGUCGUCCGAAUAUGAUGCAGCGAAGUUGCCCAUUAUUGACCGAAUGAUGGAAUUUUUCAAAGAAGUCCAAUUCCAGUUCGACGAGCAAGGCCGCAUGUUGGAGGGGAUUAUCCAUUGUAUUGGAAACCUCCUUCCGGGAUCGGAUGCUCCAACUCAAGAAGAUAUCCGUGCGCGACUACUUCCGCACGUACAGGAGUGGCUUCAAAGCAGCAACGAAACAUUGCGGAAGAAAGCCUGUUGGCUCGCAGCCAAUCUCGUGGCGGGUUCAAUGGCCCAGAUCGAAUGGCUUCUCUCUAACGAUGGUUGCUUUCAGUUGCUUCUGGACAUUGCUUCUACUCCCAAUUGGAAUGUGCGCAAAGAAGCUAUUCGUGUGUUGUGCAAUGCCUUUGGCUGUGGUAGCCGAGAGCAGAUCGUGAAUCUGAUCGAAAGAGGCAGCCUCACACCAUUGAGUCAAGCUAUUUCGACCACUGAAGCCGACUAUCCAUUCAAAGAAGAGAUUUCUCAAGUGAUGAUCGGAGCAAUCCGAGUCUACCAAAAACAUCUUGUUGCUGGACCAUCAUAG